AUGGCCUCCUCGCCCGCCCGCACCGUCCUGAGCUCGCCGCCUGCGCACUCGCAGCCCCGCAGCAGCCAGACGCCCACCUCGGCCCACCGCCAACGCCAACAAUCCGUCUCCAACGACGACCAGUCCGACACCGACAGCGACUCCUCGCGCAUCACCGCACUCUCCAUCCACAAGCAGAACACCCGCUCGCCGCCCGCCAACUAUCCCCAGAGCACUCCGAGCUACAGCCCCCAGCUGCAGCGGCCCACCGUCAACCACGUUUCGAGCAAUGUGCAGAGCGCCAUAAACGACCUGUCGCGCGACCAGCGCCCGCCCGGCGUGCACACUCCGCCGUCGCAUCCUGGCCAUCGCCCUCGCCAGCACUCGCAGGGCUUCUUUGAGCCCUCUCUUCCCACCGCCUCGCACUCCAACUCUCCGAGCAUGUCCAAUCUGUCCGCUUCGCAGAUCGCGGCCCAGGCUGCGAUGCACGCGCAGCAGCACGACCACCAGCUGCACCGUAAGCGCUCCACCACCAUACCCGAGCCCGGCCAGAACAUCCAAACCCGCCGGAAACCUUCGAGUCCUUCGCCUGUCGUGCCGCCGCUGAACAUAAACCAAGGUUUGAGUGUGCCCAACCAGUACCAAAACGGUGUUCCUGGGGGCCAGAAGCUUGCCGCGACCGCCGCUGCAAACACCGUCUUUCCCAGAAGCCCGCUUGCUUCGCCCAGUCCCGACUUUAAUUCCCGCCCCAUGUCGCCUCAAGUGAUGCCCGAGAAGGAGCUGAAGCCCGUCAAAGAGAAGUCCAAGAUGAAGCUGUUUUCCAAGCCCAAGAGCAUAGGCAUAUCAAGAGAAAAGGACGCCGCCAAAGGGCUGCCUGCCCUCCCUUCGCCCGGUCGACCCGGCAUGUACAGCUCGAGUGCCCUCAGUGCCAUGCCGAUGAACCAAUCAACCACCAGUCUGAUCGACCACAAGAUGCCUACUCCAUCUUUGUAUUCUCUUGCAAAUGCCUCGACUUCGACCCUGGUUCCAUCAGACCGUCUGCCCAUGUUGCCGGAAAAAGAGAAAGAGAAAGAAAAACAUCAUCGCCAUUUCCUGUCGCGCCAGAAGCACAAACUGAAGCAUGAUGAUCAUAGCCUUCCGCUCUCUUCUGCAUCCAGCAAUUCCAAGCCGACGGAUCCAAGCGCACCGCAACCGCUCUACAACUUUGCCGCUCCCAACUCGCCGGGCCAUUCAAGUACCUUUGCUCAGUCAAUGAGUGGUUUGGACCUGAGACACGGCGGCCGAGCUUUGCGGCAGAAGAAGAAGGAAGAAAAGGCUGCAAAUGCUCACGCUGCUUCUCUGGAGAAUAUUGAAACAACGUACCGCGAGCGCGAUGGUUCUCUUCAGUUGGAACGGCCCGAAUGGCCAAAUGCUGCCGGUCUGAGCACGUCCGCACCCACUGCAUCUUUACUGUCAACCGGGCUUGCUUUGGAAACCUCACAGACGUCUGUCGCAACCCUUGGCGCCAUUUUCGGUGUGCCAGGAAUGACUCCAGAUGAUGCAUGGCCUCUCAUCAAGGCACGUGUUCUCCUAAUAUUCGAGGGCGAGGAUCCCCGCCCUCCAAUAGAAGACUUCAACGCCCUUGUGUCGGUGCACCUGAGACGCUGCAUACAACGACAAGCGCCCACGGUCAUCAUAGAGGAUCUUUUUGAACUGCUGCAGACGGGGUUUCUCUCCCUCGACCAGACCUUGAGACACUGUCCAGAUGACCGUCUCGUGCCAAAACUGGUGGAUAUGUGGACAAUUAUUCUCUACACGAUCCUGCCUUUCGUACAAGCCGUCUUCCUGCCCCUCGACAUGGAGUUCAAAGGUAGAGGCAUCAUGAAUCCGAAAGAAGCGGCUGGGUUCUGGGGAGCCUCUCUUCCUAACAGGAGCCGUGCAGACUCAAACGAGUCGAGAUCGAAGCAACUUCCCACGAUCGGCGAAGAGCUUGAAGUUCGGCGUCUGACGCUCAUCACUUUCCGUGAUAUCAUUAUCCUUCCGCGUAACGAGACGCUCAUGGCCAUCUUCUCUCGUUUAUCACUUGAGAACAUCAACGCCGGCAUCGUGGACUCCCACCCAUCCCCCGACUCAACGAGCCAGUUCUCCCACCAAACAUCACCGGCUACGUACCCUGCCCGUCCCGGGACUUCGACUAGCCUCGGCGACACCAGCUGGCCGGCCAGCCACAGCGCCUCCCACAGCCACAACUCAGCCUCCAACAUUCUCGAGAGCACCGCGUCGUCCUUUUCGAAUCCCUUCACCUCGUCGAACUCGCGCAGCCGUGCCACGUCCAACACAUCGGCGGGUUCCUUCCACAGCCUGCCGUCCAACGUUCACCUCGCCGGCCACGGCCGCAGCCACUCCAACCCGCAAAACUACUACAACCACCAACUGGCGCCCCCACCUCCGCCUGCGCCACCGCAGCCGAUGGAUACGGCCAAGGUCAUGGAAACGGUCGCGCGCAUGCUCCAGUGCGUCAGCAUCCUGAUUAGCAUCCGGAGCGGCGACGACGCGCAGGCGAAGAUGGAGAAGUUGGCGGCGGAGCUGAAGUACAACUGGUUUGGCAGGGGACGCACUGGAAGGAAUAGGCGAGGCUUUGUUGGGAGGAAGGGGACAAGUAUCGGGACAUUGGUGAGGGUUGGAGAGGGAGAGUAG